AUGUCCGUUCCAGCUGGUUCUGUUUCAUGUCUUGCUAAUGCAUUAUUAAAUUUAAGAUCAUCAACUGAUUAUAAUGCUGAUCAUGGUGUAAAGAAUUCUAUUUUAAAUUUUUCAAAUUCAAAGGAUGCUAGUAGAUUCGACGGUAGUGAAUCAUGGUCAUCAUCAGUUUUGGAUAAGAAUCAAUUCAUUGUUGCCGGUAGUGAUUCUGUUAAACAUUUCGUUGCAAUCUCAACUCAAGGUCGUGGUGAUCAUGAUCAAUGGGUAACUUCAUACAAAUUAAGAUACACACUUGAUAAUGUAAACUGGGUUGAAUAUAACAAUGGUGAAAUAAUCAAUGCCAAUAAAGAUAGAAAUUCAAUUGUUACAAUCAACUUUAAUCCACCAAUUAAAGCUAGAUCUAUUGCCAUUCAUCCUCAAACCUAUAAUAAUCAUAUUUCACUUCGUUGGGAAUUAUAUGCAUUACCAGUUAAAAGUUAUUCAAAUCCAUCAGUCCAAGUUGGUGAAGUUUCAAUUGGUGAUAGAUCUCUUAACAGUGGUACUGGUUCACGUACGAUUGUUCGUCACGUUAAAUUCCCAGUGGAAUUCCUUUCUGUUCCAAUCGUAUCAAUUGGUUGUAAAAAAGUUGAUGCACAUACUGAUAAUGGUCAAAUGAGAUGGGAAGGUAAAUCUGAAAAUAUUACUACAAAAGGUUUUGAUUUAACUUUUAUUACAUGGGGUAAUAAUGCAGUUUAUGAUUUAACUUUUGAUUAUGUUGCUGUUGAAUUUAAUAAUUAA